UGGCUACUUACAUAGUUGAAGUUGCACUCAAAAUGGAGGGGAGAGAUGAGGAUGUGAGGGUAGGAGCCAACAGGUAUGGAGAGAGGCAACCAAUAGGAACAGGUGCACAGACACAAGAUGGCAAAGACUACAGAGAGACUCCUCCAGCUCCAUUGUUUGAGCCUAGAGAGUUAACAUCAUGGUCUUUCUAUAGAGCAGGGAUAGCAGAAUUUGUGGCCACAUUCUUGUUUCUUUAUGUCACUGUUUUGACUGUGAUGGGUGUGGCAAAAUCUGCCAACAAAUGCUCCACAGUUGGUGUCCAAGGCAUUGCUUGGUCAUUUGGUGGAAUGAUCUUUGCCCUUGUCUACUGUACUGCUGGUAUCUCAGGGGGUCACAUUAACCCAGCUGUGACAUUUGGGUUGUUCUUGGCUCGCAAGUUAUCUCUCACUAGGACAGUAUUCUACAUGAUAAUGCAGUGCUUAGGAGCUAUCUGUGGUGCUGCUGUGGUCAAGGGAUUCCAAUCAAAUCAAUACGAGAGGCUUGGUGGUGGUGCCAACACUCUGAGUAAAGGAUACUCCAAAGGUGAUGGUCUUGGAGCAGAAAUUGUAGGCACGUUUAUUCUGGUUUACACUGUUUUCUCAGCCACAGAUGCAAAACGAAAUGUUAGAGACUCGCAUGUUCCUAUUUUAGCACCUUUGCCUAUUGGUUUUGCCGUCUUUCUGGUGCACUUGGCUACAAUUCCUAUCACAGGGACUGGCAUCAACCCUGCUAGAAGUUUAGGUGCAGCUCUUAUAUACAACAAAGACCAAGCUUGGGAUAAUCACUGGAUCUUCUGGGUUGGGCCUUUUGUUGGGGCAGCACUUGCAGCUUUAUACCAUCAGAUAGUGCUCAGAGCCAUUCCUUUUAAAUCAAAUUGAUGUAAAAUUGAAGCCAAGCCAUAAAAGUAGUACCUGGUAUAGACGAAAACUGGGUACUCACAACAAAGAAGAUGCUUCUACCUCUGCCCCUUUCAGUUUUCUACUUUUAAUAGUUCAAAACUUGUGUUCUUGGAGAUGAAAUCGAACUUAUGGAAAAUGUGGUCGGUCUGGUUUAUGUCUUUACUGUAAUUUAUCUUCCAAACGCAUAUAAAAAACUUUCGGGUUAAAAUAUAAGUUCACUUAU